AUGGACGGCUCAUCAUCGAAGCUAGGAAGGAUGAAUAUUUUCCUCGGAGUCGCUGUCACCCUAUGGAUCAUCUUCAGUGCGCCAUUCUGCGAAGCGGUGACCAUCACGUACAGCCCGCCUACGGAAUGCGACAUCAUGAACAUCUCCUGGACGGGUGGACAACCGCCGUUUGUAUUGAACUUCAUAACGGUCUAUGGGGCUCAAUCCCUUCAGCAGCUCCCCUCGUCGGCAUUCACUGGCAGUGAAGGAUUUUACGAAACCCGCAUCCCGUACCCUUCCGGGACGCUCUUAUUAUUUAUUCUACAAGAUGCCACUGGGUUUCCAGAUGGUGGUACCUCGGAUGUGAUCAGCGUUGGAGCUAACGUAGACGGCACCACCUGCUAUCCUACGGCAGAUACACCCAAUUUUGACUUCAAGACGGACAGUUAUAUCCAGCAAUGCCAGCCGUUCAAUUUUUUUGGCUACAAUGAUGGCACAUCCCAACCGAUAACGAUUAUAGGUAUGAUCCCUGGGGCUCAAGUAUUCACUUUAACCCCACCGAUGGGAUCUACAUCCUUCGAAUGGACAGCUAGUCUCCCGGGCUCCACCACAGUACUUUUCACAAUGGUGGAUGCUGCAGGUCACAGGGGAGCUGUUACACAGCUCAUGACUGUCGAGGAGACAAGCAAUACCGCGUGUCUUAGCGGGCCCUCGGCGGUCUUGAGUCCGACGCCGACCGGAAAAGGAAUCGGUCCUCCUUGUCCGUCCCCGACCAGCACUAGACCUUCGUGGACAUCAUCCUCUCCCUACACAUCUACAACACCCUCGGCAUCGGCAUCUGCUACCCAUAGGUCUCUCACUGCAGGGGAGAUAGCGGGUAUCUCUGUCGCAAGUGCCUUUGGAACGCUACUUCUCCUCGGAUGCGUGGUCCUCCCCAUAAGUCGGAGGCUCUCUAGAAAGAGGAAAGCAAUCGACCCGCCUCCACCGAAACCCCCAAAGGUAAUGACGGUUGAGAAGGUAGACAUCGGAAAGACGGAGAUCGGAAAUGUCGAAGAUAACAGAGCCGAGCCAAACCCUGACCCUGUCAAUCGGAAAACCGACCCGCCUCCCCAGGAUCCAUGGCCUGGAAGGAACGUAAAUAUGGUUUACAUUCAGAAUGCACCGCCCCAGGCCAACUGGGAGAAUAAAAAUACCCUCAACAACUGGAAUCCACCGAAAAGCCGGAAGACGAGCGUCCGAACCCCGUCAGUCUCUUCACAAAGUGACAAGGUCGAUCCUCAGCCCAGUCCGCUACCGCCGCCCAAGUGCCCCUCUGUUCCAAGCUGUAAAAACGAGCCCGUAAUUACCUCGACCUGUCCACCCUUUAUCAAGGACAUGUCCGGUACAUGGUCACCGGGUUUAUAA